GUUCCACAGCUGAUUGGCUGCUGGCCGGAAACAGGAAGUGUAGGCAAGCGUCGGAGGGGGAGGAAUUUCCUGUUACACUCAUUGCUCUGUCUGAGACGUGAGAGGAGGAGACAUUAAGUAUCCGGCGGGAAAGAGGAGCUGUAGAAAAUGGGACGCAGAAAGUCAAAGAGAAAGCCUCCACCUAAGAAGAAGAUGACGGGAAAUCUAGAAACCCAGUUCACCUGUCCAUUCUGUAACCACGAGAAAUCCUGCGAUGUAAAGAUGGACAGAGCCCGGAACACGGGGGUCAUCUCCUGCACCGUGUGUCUUGAGGAGUUCCAGACCCCCAUAACAUAUCUGUCAGAACCAGUGGAUGUUUAUAGCGACUGGAUCGACGCUUGUGAAGCCGCCAACCAGUAGCGUCGCGCCAGGAGGGCCAUCUUAUCAAUCUGUACCAGAUGCCCUCUGUUGUACUGACCUGUAUUUCUCACCUGACUUCCUGAGGACACGUUCAGAGCGCCCCCUGGUGGCAUCAGGAUUGGGACCUCGAGGCUUUGCCUGCGAAAUUAGUGCACAACUUUGGCUGCUAACAGCUGAUCCUAAAAGGCCGUAUUAGACCAGGGGAUAUAAAGGGUGCUUUAGGUUUAAUUCUUUUUAUUUUUUUUUCCCCUUAGUGAUUAUUGUUCUGUUAUUUAUCUAUUUACCACCUAUCCCCCGGCAGAGUUACAUCAUGUCCUGUGCUUCAAUCACAACCAGAGCUGUACUAUAUGGAAAAUGCCAGUAAUGUUUGCACCACACCAAAGCAUGCUUCAGCUAUUAUUGAUGAGCUGGUAUAUUUCUAUAUGCAGCUCUGGGUGUGACUGGAGAAUAUGUAACGUCAAGUCUCAAUGCAAAGUCUGCAUUGGGGCGUUGCAUGUGUCGUAGCAUUCACACCGCGCCUCCCUUGGCGCAUACCAGAUCAUAUUGCAUUAUAGGACCUACUUCUGGGUUUGACUGGGGUAGAUGUCGUCAUGUAACACAAUGAGGGGGGAAAAAAAAUUAAAGGGGUACUCCGGUGAUUUUAAAUAAAUCAACUGGUGCCAGAAAGUUAAACAGAUUUGUAAGUUACUUCU